CCUGCAAGAAAAGUUAUGGAGAAAGCCCAAAAGCUUAAAAGUGCCCUAACUAAAGAGAUUCUGUCCGGCACGACAUCUACAAAUAUACUUGCCAUGACAUUUAGACAAGUGCUUCUGCAGAAUCUUUGGAACUUUGAACUGGUACUUUUUAUACCAGGGGCAGAAAGAAAUAUGGAUGAUCUUGAAACACCGAGAGAGGUACCUCCAUCUUUUGCCAUCACCUCAUCAGAUGAACGAGUCAUUUCUGUUAUUUCAGAGGUUAUUUGUAUUUCUUCUCUCGAAAGCACUAGAAGACAUUUGCUUAACGAAACUCCUGGAGGGGCAGUGCAGAAGUUUUUCCCUUGGUUUCACAAUCAUAAAUGUAUUGUCUCAAAAGAUUCCUCCGUUACUCUAUACAACUUACUGGAAUCUCAGAUAGUUGCAAAUGCCAAUAUUUUGCUCCAGAAAUUUUCUUCAGAAAGGGCAAAUUACAGACCAAGGGAGGGAAGAUGGACGAGCAACUGGUUAACUUCAAGUGCAUACUCCAAAUUGGAACAAAUUGGAGGCCCUGAAUUUAUUUCUUGGCUGAGCGAGUAUGUACCCGCUUACAAAUUGCAAAUUGAUGCUGAGAAGCUUGGCAAUGUGAAAUUUGAAGGGUGGAAGGAAUCAGCAAUAAACACAUGGGAGGUUUUCCUGACUCACUCCCAAAUGGUUGGUCUAAGUGACAUUCUAGAUAUAUAUUAUGAAGAUGUCUAUACACUUCCCAACAAGCAGUUGUCAUCCGGUGUUGUUGCAAAAUCUUUCAAUUCGCCCGAUAACAAGGUUUGGCAUGUACAAGGUCUUUAUAUGUCUGCUUUAUUUGGUUUUGUCAUGAAGUGAUUUUCUUCUGUAAACAAUCCCUUUUUUUAAAAAAAGAAUUUAAAUUUUGUAAAAGAACACAGAUUUAAUGAAGCAUCCUUAUAAAGUUAGCUACUUCAAUUAUUUGAACUACCUUUUGGGGG